GCGCGCGCGGUAACUGGCGUCGCCCGAGGGCGGCUGUGUCGUGAUGCCGGCGGGGAACGCGGCGGCUUGUUCCCCGUCACCCGGUCCCUCAGGUCCGGGUUCGUGGAGCCGCUCCUUGGACCGUGCCUUAGAAGAAGCGGCGGCCAGCGGUACCCUCAGUUUGAGCGGCAGGAAGCUCCGUGAUUAUCCGCGGGCCAGCGCCGCCAACCACGACCUCAGCGACACCACCCAAGCCGAUUUGUCACGGAACAGACUGUCAGAGCUUCCAGCAGAGGCAUGUCACUUUGUCUCCCUUGAGAGUCUUAAUUUGUACCAGAACUGCAUUCGCUACAUCCCAGAGGCUGUUUUGAAUUUACAGUCUUUAACAUUUCUAAAUAUCAGUCGAAAUCAGCUUUCAACAUUGCCAGUACACCUCUGUAGUCUACCACUAAAGGUUUUGAUAGUGAGUAAUAAUAAGUUGGUUUCAAUACCUGAAGAAAUUGGACAGCUCAGACAGCUGACAGAACUUGAUGUGAGCUGUAAUGAAAUACAGACAAUACCUCCACAGAUUGGCAACUUGGAAUUCUUGCGGGACCUAAAUGUCAGAAGAAAUAAUUUGGUGCGUUUACCUGAAGAGCUUGCUGAGUUGCCUUUGAUUCGGUUAGAUUUCUCCUGCAAUAAAAUAACAACAAUACCAGUUUGUUAUAGGAACCUCAGACAUCUCCAAACCAUCAUGUUAGAGAACAACCCUCUCCAGUCACCCCCUGCACAGAUCUGUAUAAAGGGAAAAAUUCACAUAUUUAAAUACCUGAACAUAGAAGCAUGCAAGAUCGCUCCAGACUUACCUGAUUAUGAUAGAAGACCCAUGGGAUUUGGAUCAUGCCAUGAGGAACUCUAUUCUGGUCGUCCCUAUGGAGCACUUGAUUCUGGCUUCAAUAGUGUGGACAGUGGAGACAAAAGAUGGUCAGGGAAUGAGCCAACAGAUGAGUUGUCAGAUCUCCCUUUACGUGUGGCAGAGAUCACUAAGGAGCAGAGACUGCGAAGAGAAAGUCAGUAUCAAGAAAACCGAGGAAGCAUGGUUGUAACCAAUGGUGGAGUGGAACAUGAUCUUGAUCAGAUCGACUAUAUUGAUAGCUGUGCCACAGAAGAGGAGGAGGAAGAGGUGAGGCAACCCAAGUGCAUGGACUCAGACAGCCUCAGCUCACAAUUCAUGGCAUAUAUUGACCAGCGACGAAUCUCUAAUGAGGGUUCACCAGUAAAAACUGUGUCCAUCAGAGAAUUUCAGAGAACAGAGGAAACAAGACGAUAUUUACAUCAAAACAGGUCUCCUGCUGACUCGCCUUACUUUCUGUCAAGUCACCACAGUCAGGUGCCUACUGCAGAUCCUGAGCUGCACCGCAGGCACAUAGAGCGCACCCGUCGGGAGGCCCAGCUGGCAGCACUGCAGUAUGAAGAAGAAAGGAUGAGAACAAAGCAGAUCCAGAGAGAAGCUGUCCUUGACUUUGUUAAGCAGAAAGCAUCUUUAGGCCCUCAGAAGCAAAGUCCUCUGGAUAGUGAGUGUCCCUUUCCAUCCAGAAGGUCUCAGCAUACUGAUGAUAGUGCCUUGUUAGUGUCACUCUCAGGGUUGAAUCAAGAAAGCUGUGCUACUGCCCUGCCUAGUGCCUCUACCUACAGUCCUGUCAAGAGUGAUGACAGAUCUACUAUCUCACCUGGCUCACCUACCACGCAGACAGUCCACCUUUCCCCUCCAUAUCCUGGCCAUGCAGCCCCACCUUCCUAUAGAAACCCUUCCCAGCGACCUGAGAGUUUCCUUUACCGAACAGCUGUCAGGGAUGAAGCAAACAAAGCUGUUACUUCAUCUUCUACCCGUGCCUUGUCUCCUGCUAAGGAUUCUGCAGACCCUAGAGUAAGAGAAAACUCCAAACAGCGACAGGAGGAGCUGGAGCUAAUAGAGCAGCUGCGUAAGAAUAUAGAAUCGAGGUUGAAAGUGUCACUGCCCAGUGACCUGGGAGCAGCUCUCACUGAUGGUGUCGUUCUGUGCCACUUGGCUAAUCACGUGCGUCCCCGAUCUGUUCCCAGCAUCCAUGUCCCUUCACCUGCUGUUCCUAAACUUACAAUGGCAAAAUGCAGACGAAACGUGGAGAAUUUCUUGGAAGCUUGCAGAAGGAUUGGAGUGCCUCAGGAGCAAUUAUGUUUGCCUCUACAUAUUUUAGAAGAGAAGGGUUUGACACAGGUAGCUGGGACUGUCCAGGCGCUCCUGGAGCUGGCACCCCCAAAGCAGCAGCAACUUCACCACUUGUCUGCUGUGUAAAGACCUCCAGGACCUUUUGGGUUACCUUGGCUAAGCAGAAGGACGUGAAGACUUUACUGCCCAUGCAGUGCAUCCAAACACACAGAGCUCUGUUCUGAGGAAAUGAGUUUCCGUGAUUCCUGACAGGAAUGUUUUACGUCAUUGCUCCAUUUUUUUUGGAGAUUGCAACAGUUUCCAGUAACAUUCUUAUUAUCAAUAUUUUUGCCCCUUAUUUAAAAGAAAAGGAAAAAAAAAAAAAAAAAAGAGUUCUCUGGGAGGAGGGCAGGGAAUUCCAGUGGCUGGCUGGUGGAGCCAGCUGUAGCCUUGUAGACUGAAGACAUGCGUGUGGAGUUUGGAAAGUAAUUCCUAAGGAAACUUGUAUGUUAAAAAAAAAGAUGUUGCUGCAGUAGGCACAUGAUGAAUUUAAUUUCUUUCCUCCCGUUCAGGGUUCAAAGAAAGGGAAUUCUUUGCCUCCAGACAACAGCUAUUUCUAUUAUAUAUUUUAAAAAUUGCAACACACAAUCUUGACCUUAAUCUCACACAAACCUGCAGUGUUUGAUAACAGGGUCCCCUCAUGCCCCUGUUAACUUGUGUUGGCAUGUCCUCGUUUACUUAAAAUUUGAUGGAAAAAAAAUUAUUAUUGUUUUUUUUCUCAAGGGAAAAAAUACUGCUUGUUUUUUCCACAAGAAACAUCCUAGUAAAAGAUACUAAACCAGAACUGUUCAAAUUAUAGCAAUCAGAAUUCUUGAUGGAUUCACUUUGAGAUUUAACAGGUUUUUAUGUGAAAAUUUUUCCAACAAAGUGAAGGGAGAUUUCCUGCCUCCUCUCACCUCCCCCUGUGGUUGUGUAGGGAUGUGUUUUAUUAGAGGCAACCAAGAAGUUUUGCAUUUUUUGUGAAAGCUGACCUGCAAAACAAAGCCUAGCUCUGUGUGCUCUGGUCCUAGUGUUGAGGCCAAGCUCACUACCAGAUCAGUUCUAAUGUGUUCUAUUAAAAAAAAAAACAACCUUGCAAAAUCCAUUUCUCCACCCAUGCAGUUUCUUUGUUAGGUUUUGGCCAAUGUAAAGCAUCCCAGAACAUUUUGCUACCAGUACAUGGUACAUGGGAUCUGAGACUAACUUCAGGCAUCAGAGGUGUUGGACCUGGGGUUAUAUUUGAAGCAGAAUACAUUAAGAGGAUAUUAUGGGGAUAAAGGAAGGAGAAAUGGGAAUAAGCCAGCUAAAGGUCACUUUUGCUAAAGUAAGCUUGCCAUGGGAGCACUGGGCAAGGACGAGGCUUUGCUGGAUUUUCCCCCGUUUGAUUUGCGUUUUUUUUUCCACUGUUUUGCUUCAUGUAUUUCUUUGAAGGUCCAUUGUGGUGACUGUUGAAUCCCUUACUUCACAUAAUUAUUACAGUUGCUUCUUACUGGCAUUGGGUGAUCACCUUGCAAGUGGAGAACACCUGAAGGGUAUUUGAAACCACAAAAAUAAAGAGAAACCUUUUGUGCUGGGUAAGAGCCCUGAGCCCUUCAAAAAAUGAAAAUGCCUGUAACUUGCCUGUAGCUGUACCACAGAGGAACAGAGCAGCUCCAUGCAGAUGUAUUUUACUUCUUAGUAGUUCUUGUGUUUCACUUGUUUUUGCUUGCAAGGGGUGUUGGUAAUUCUUAUAGGAUUACAUAAAAGUGUCUGAAGUCUCUGCUGUAGUUUGCUGAGUGAAGAUUCUGACACUUGAAGCAAACAGUACACACCACAAUGUUUCUUGCAUGUUUGUCUCUGCACGUAGUUUGAAAGAGGGAUGCACUGAUACCAUCUUAGUUUUUAACAUUGGGUCACUUGUAUCAUUACAGGGGAAUGUUAACUUUUUAAUGUACCCUUAGUGGACCAUAUUUAUAUAUUCCUGUUUUAAGAAAACCAUUCCCUUCAUGGAAUUGUGAGGGUGUGUUGUUUGCUCCAGUCCACCUUCUAGCACUUGGGGAAAAUGAAACUUAACGGUAUUCAGGUUGGGUGGAAGUUUGAUAUUUCAUUAAUAGUAGUUUUUAGGAAUUAUUGGGGUGGGGAGUUGAGCCUGAACUGCAGGCCAUGGCCGUUUCCUCUCGUGCCUGGGUAACAGCGCUGUUAACCUCUAUGAGCAGUGGCUGCACACAGCAGCUGAGCUGGGCUGGUGGCAUGUCCCCAGUGUCACCUACUGUGUCCUGUUCACUCUGGCAGUUUCAGUGCAUGUGGUCAUGCACGUUUGGCACUUAUAAUCCUGUGUCUUCAUGCUGGCAAACUCUAAAUCUUGACCCAGAUGUUCAGGACAAAAAUCCAAACCUGAAGUUUCAUUAUAAGGUUUAUUUAAUGUAUUAUACCAAAACCAACUUCAGUUCUGUUUUGCAAAAUAAUUUGGGAUUUUUCAGUGUAUUUCUGUGCAAUUUUUGUUGUAUCCCGUGAAUAGAAUAUUUUAAAGAAAACAUGUAUAAAAUCUUAUGCUGUGUGUUAAAGAAAAGAGGCAAUUGUCUUUCCUCUCUGGGGCAUUUGUGUUGGAGGGUGUGGGAGGAAUCCAUCUGAGUGUUUUGUGCUUGCUGGUGUCUGUACAAUGUUCUGUUGUGUCACUGUCCUCUCAAACCACACUGAGUCCUGAGCUGCCUUUGAGGCUCAGCAAGGUUACACACUCGAGAUCGAGUGGCACAGACACUCGGUGGCAUUUAUGGCAUUGAGGUGGUUGGGGCAAAACAGAGAAGGUUUGGGCCUCCCCCUUGUGGAGGGAGAGGCUUUCAUAAAUGCCCCAGGCUCAGUGGCAUGAUGAAAAUCAAACAGAGAUAACUCUACAGCACCCAGAACAGCUCUGUUGUUCUUGGUAGUGACACAAUGGCAAAUAGUAUUUUAACCCUUUUAUUGACUAUAAAUGGUUCUUUGAAAAAACAUUUUAGAAACAGAGGACUUCUAAGCUGAAUUUGGACAUCUAAAAACUUGUAUAGAUAUUGUGAUGUUUUACAAAGCAAUCUAAUUUUGUUAUUUCUGAAAACAGUGUAAACGUGUAAUUAAUAGAGUAAAGGAUUUUAAAGCUUCA